AUGAACUCAUCUCCUCCAACGACGAACACCACAUCGACUCCUACUACAACAACUUCAUUGAGUAGUUCUACUUCCACUCCUCUCACACCAAGAGUCUCUGAACUCAAACAAAUAUGGGAAGCAACCAUCCGAAAACAUGAAGAAAGUGCCAAGUCAUCUGCAUUAUUUAAAAGACACUCCGUGGCUACUUGCAUUACGAAUACUACCUCAACCACUCCCAAGAAUAACAAGAACACUCCUGUCCAUGACACAACCUCCAACAAAUCCAGCCCUUCCACUUUCACUUCCAGCAUUUCCAACAUGAAUCGCAACAUGAAAGACUUUUCUCAAUCCAUCUCUUCCCGAAACAAUCAAGAUUCAAUUGUUUCAUCAAACAACAACAACAAUUAUUCCACAACAUUAACAACACCUUCAACAAGCACGACCACUUUUCGAAAAGUGCCAUUACUAAUUUCAUCCAGCAAUGACGAUGAACACUACUUGUCAAAUUCUUCUGCUAUUCAAAGUAUGCUUUCUGUGAAUCCUUCUGAAUUGAUGAUGAAUAAUCAUACUAACAAUAACAAUAAUAACAAUAGUAAUUAUGGAAGUGGUAGUGUGAGCACUUCAAAAGUGAGUCAAACCAUUCUAAAAUUCACAGCCAUGUUUCAGAAAGCAUCUGCAGCUCAUUCGAGUAGCCCUUCAAUGGUUCAAAAGAGAAAUUCGAGAAACACGAGUGGAGAAAGAAGAUCAUUUUCAUAUUAUCAACAUCAGUAUACUCAGUCGAGUCCUCAAUUAGAUCGAUAUUUAAAACAAAAUAAUAGUAAUACUGAAACCACAGCACCAGGACGAACCAAUGACAAGCAAGUGCCACAUGUCAAUAACUUGAACCUUUCUUUGGAUUUGAAAAAAUUGGACGCUGCUCAAACAACAUCUAUUUUAGCAGAAGAAAAGAAUGAAAACGUCACAACAACAACUAUAGUUGAAACCAACGAAGAAAAGAAACACUCCAUAGAACCAUCAGGCAGUGUUUUGGAGAACAGUAGAAUUGAUACUCUUCUCAAUGACAUUAAGUUGGUACUCACUCCAGCUUCUACAUCUUCGUCUGAAUGCUCUUCUCGAAUUUCAUCUCCAGAGCUAGCUCAACAACAGGGCUUGCAUCCAAUCGGUGACGAGUCACACGCUGUUACAAAUGUUAUAGAUCGAAUGGAAAAGAAGGAAUCAGUAAGCCAUCAAGAUGUAUCAACAACUUUUUCAGCAAUAACGUCGUCUGUGGGAUCAAUAACUACUCCUCCAACCAUCGAAACUCCAUCCCAAACUACACAAGAAAAAAUUGCCAUUGAUAAUAAUCAUGCAGUAAUUACAACAACACCAACAAUUGAAGAGAAAACAAUUCCAUUAGUAGUGACCACUGUUCCAACACCAGAAACAGAUCGUCACAAGUCCACUGUGGAUGCUACAACUACUAUUCAACGACAUUUAACUGUCACAUUGAAUUCAACACAGGAAAAUUUUACCACCUCCAGAAUAACUGUAAAAAUUGAUGUCAUUCAGCCAUCAUCAACAAAAACCAACCUUGCGUUGCCUGAACUAUUUGUUGAUCAAUAUUCUCAGUUGGAAGAAGAGGAACGAACACCAACUCUAUUAUCUCACUCUCAAGAAAGCUCGAACGAACAUAGUAGCAGUGACCACUCUACUGAGGAGGGUUCCAAUCAUCUCCUAGGUCACUACCAAAAUGAAAUGACAGAAGGUUCAAUGUUGAGUUCAAUUAUUACAAAUGAAGAAGACACCACAAAUACGGAAGAUGACUUUACAAUCAUGGAAGACGAAGACGAGCCACUGUCACAAGCUCAAUUACAAGUUUUGGAGGGUUUUACGGCAGAUAUUGAGGUGGAGCCAAGCACACCAAGUAGUGGCAAAUUUUUGAGUCCAUUAAGCUCAUCAAGUACUGUUUUUGCUCAAAUGGGAAAUGUUUUCAAGGAUGUGGAAAUUGGGAAGAAUGAAGAUUAUGCUCGGUAUUUUAGAAAUACCAAUUUCGAUAACUAUCAUGACAAUGUCAAGUCCAUUUUAGAAAUCAACAAGAAGCGAAUGAGCAAGAGAGCGAUGAAAAAAGCAGAGGCAUCCUACAAAUGUCAACAACAAGUCCUAGAAACUUAUAGAAAAAAUCGAUGGGAUUUCCGUGAAGUUUUCCAAAGUAUUGGUAGCAAGGAAUUUGAAGCCAUGUUAUCUCAAGAGACCUAUGUCGAUGCUGACGAUUUCAACACUGAUGAAUUUGAACAAGUCUCAAUGAAUCAUUUGUUUGAAGAAAGUGAAAGAACUCUCAAUCCUCUCUAUGAAGAAGAAUUUAUUGAGAAAAAUCCUCUCUAUGAAGAAGAGUACAGCACAACGAAUCCAUUAUUCGAUCCAACCGAUGACAUUACUACCACCAUUUACAACUUUGAAGAUAGUGAAAGAACAUUUGUAGAGAGAUUGAAACAAGAUUUACCACGAGUGGGAGGUUUAAUUUCGAAACUCAAACAAAAUCAUAGUAAGGCCUUCACAGGAGAAGCUCUUGUGAAUUGGAUCAUGGAAAAAGGAUCUGGAAAGUUCUUACGUUUGGAUGCUGUAUGCUUUGCUCAACAAAUGAUGGAUCGAAUGAUCUUUAAGAAUGUUGAAGAAUUCAAUCCAACCUUUGAAGACAAUUCAACAAGUUUGUACAUUUUCUAUGAAGAAUAUGAAAGCAAAAAUACGUUGAAUAUUGACGAGUCAAAAAUUGGAGUGUUUGAGCCACAAGCUUCCUUUGUUUCAGUGUAUCGAGCAUUGACAGAACUUGGCAAGGAAAUGAAAAUUCAUUACGAUCUCAGCGCUAAAUAUGAAUCAAAACCAAUAUUUGAUUAUCAAGCAUUCGCCUUCAGUGAACACUAUGCCAUGCUGGUGGAUGAAGUGAGAAAAUUACAAAAAGUAGAUCCAAACACCAUUGUAGAUACAAACUUUAGAAAAUGCUUCUUUAUGAACAUUUACAAUAUCAUGGUUCUUCAUGCACUGAUGCGAUGUGGAAAACCAACAAAUUUUUUACUCAGAAAACGAUUUUUCCAUCAAAAAAAGUACUUGAUUGGAAGAUACAAAUUGUCACUUGAUGAUAUUGCUCAUGGAGUUCUUCGUGGAGAAAAGUACAGUAGAAAAACAAGUGGUAAUUUCAGUAGCUUGGAGAGAGAAAACCAAAUUUCUUCCAAAUUUAAACAGAAAGUGUUAGGAACGGAGGACAAUUCUGUAUUCAGUGCAUUGAAUAAUUUGAGAAUUCCAGAAUUUGAUCCAAGAAUUCACUUUUGUUUAUAUCGUGCAGAUAUGAGCUCACCCCGUUUCCUUCUCUUCUCUGUAGAUAAUCUUGAAUAUGAGAUUGAAAAGGCAACUCGAGAAUAUGUUCAAAGAGAAACCAAAGUGGACGUCGAUUCAAACACCAUUCACUUGUCAAAAAUAUUUCAAUGGUUCAGAGAAGAUUUUGCUUAUUCGGAUGACGAUAUUAUUGAUUUUGUAAGCAAAUAUUUAGAUUUUGUCUCGGUAGCAAAGAUUGGAGAAAUGAAAGAAACUGACCAGCCAAUCCUUUUGAAUUACCGAUACAACACUUCAUUGAAUAUAGCAGCAAAUAUUUCACAGGAUGACAACAAGGAAGUCAAUAUUGAACUCGCUCAAGUGAGAACAAAUCCAAAACUUUUACCAUUUUUCAUUUCAUACAGCGAGCGAGAAAAAUCAGAGGAAAAUAUAUUGUUUUGGCUUCGUGUUGAAAAUUACAAACAAAUUGAAGAUCCAGACACUCGUUUAGUAGAAGCUCGAAAAAUAUUCGACGAAUUUUUACAAUCCAACGGUGAACGAGAAUUGAAUAUUAAUCGAAAAUCUGCUCGAGAAGUCGAAACGGAAUUACUUCGUCAUGAGAACAAUCACGCUGAAGAUCCUAUUCGCACAGAGCUGUUUUAUUCUGUUCAAUUAAUGACCGAACUUUUAAUGAUUGACACCUACGAGCGUUUCUUACGAAGUGAUCUCUACAGCUCUGUGGUUGAAAUUAUGAAAGAAGAAAUGAAGAACAUUGAAAUUGACACACCUCGAAGAUCUCCUUCCAUUACCUUUGGUUCUCGACCUGAGAAUGUCUAUGAAGGUGAAGUGACCUUUAAAGAAUUACAAAUGCGACGAUCACGAUUGGCAGAUUUCAAUUCAGCUCCUCUCACAAGUCGAACAUCUGGAAGAACACCUGAAUCACCAGUUGGGACUCCUCCAACUGCUUCUUCAUUACCGACCUAUUUCACAAAUGGAAAUAGCAAUACAGAAACAGCUACCAGUAGCAGUCCAAGAUCCACUCAAAGUGAGUUAAGUAAUGCUAUCAGUAACACUGAUCUCUAA